AUGGCACCCCGCGGGUCGCUGCUGCUGCUGGCGCUGCUGCUGCUGAGCUGCGCCCUGCCCCGCGGCCGCGGCCAGCACUGGUCCCACGGCUGGUACCCGGGGGGCAAGAGGGACCUGCGGACCGCCACGAACCUCCAGGUCCCGUCCCCUCUCGGGCGCUGCCGUCCCUUCCCGUGUCCCCUCCGGCGGGAGGAGCCGCUGUCGGUGAGCGGGAACGGGGCUGGGGGGUCCCGGGGGGGUCCCCAGGAGCGGGACUGAGCGAUGCCCCCCGCCCCUCUCCCGCAGCGACCACCGACCCACGCGGGAGCGAGCC